CUUACAAAUGCUAGCGCGGGGGCGCACAGCUGCAAAUCUCGGGGAGGUGUGGAGGGGGUUGUGUGUAAGUGUAACGUUUAUAGUGAACUUGGUCCAACAGGAAAAUCAGCUGCUCUUUCACUGCCACUCAACUAAAUCCCAUGUAAAGGAACUGCAAGGUCAGCACGUGUUCCGCCCAUUUAGGGCGGCGUAAUAACAUCAAUGGCAUAAGAUGAGUGAGCGUCGCCAAGUCAUUUCCUUUGUCGGAGGUGCGGAAAUCUACGGGGGGAAGAAAGCUACGGAAGCGGGAAAUGAGCCGAGAUUCUUUGUGAUGAAGGGGAUGAUGGGGAAUCCCUACAGCAGCUUUUACUGCUGCAUGCCACAAAUGGUGAUGUAAAGAUCUCAAUUUACCUUUUGGAAGAGGCUGUUGGGAUUGUUUAUUGUGAAGUGUAACCUUUUGAGUGGAGGCUUUUCACCAGGGAAAUGCCACAGUGACUUUCUGAUCUAUUGAGAACAGUUAGGACUCAAGGACUGUGUAAAGCAAAGCUGUCAAGGCUACUUACGUAAGUAGCCCAGGGAAAACCUCUCAGGAAUACGAGUACAGUCCACACACAGUGGAGGAGGUGCAACAACAGGCAGGACUACAGGAGCAGAAUGGGUCUCAGUCACUCUGCCAAGAAGAACCCGUGUGAUCUCAACGGAGAUGUCAACUUUGACCACUUCCAGAUACUCCGGUCCAUUGGAAAGGGAAGUUUUGGAAAGGUCUGUAUUGUAAGGAAGAAGGACAACAAACAGAUGUAUGCUAUGAAGUACAUGAGCAAGGCUGCCUGUCUGGAGAAGGAUGCGAGCCACCACGUCUUGAGAGAACUGGAAAUUCUCCAGAAACUGGAGCACCCCUUCUUGGUCAACCUGUGGUUCAGUUUCCAGGAUGAGGAAGACAUGUUCAUUGUGGUGGACUUGUUGCUAGGUGGGGACCUUAGAUACCACAUGGGCCAGGAUGUGAACUUCACAGAGGACAUAGUCAAAUUCUACAUCUGUGAGCUGGUGUUAGCACUGGACUACUUACAGAGUAAAAAUAUACUCCACAGGGAUCUCAAGCCUGACAACAUACUGCUGGAUGAGCAAGGCCAUGCUCAUCUGACAGACUUCAAUGUUGCUACAGUGUUACGGGAAAAUGAACUUGCAACAUCACUAUCAGGAACCAAGCCUUAUAUGGCUCCCGAAGUCUAUAUGUGUGCUUUGGAGAUGUGCAGGGGAUACAGCUACAGUGUCGACUGGUGGUCACUGGGUGUUGUUGCAUAUGAGAUGCUCAGGAGAAAGAGGCCUUAUCACAUCCACACAGUGACAUCUCUACAGGAGGUGGUGCAUCAGUUUGAGACAACAGGGGUGCACUUCUCCUCCCAGUGGUCCAAGGACACGUGCAAUCUACUUAGGAAGUUGUUGACAGUUGAUAUUGACCAGAGGCUAUGCAGUCUGUCUGAGAUGAAGCAGCACCCAGCCAUGGCAGGGGUAGACUGGGACAGCCUGCAGACACUCACUGUUCCCUCACCAUUUGUGCCACCAAAGGACCAUCUAAACUGUGACCCCACGUUUGAGCUAGAAGAGAUGAUUAUUGAGUCCAAACCUCUGCACAAGAAGAAGAAGAGACUUGCCAAACAGCAUUCAGACAGGAGACAAAGCAACAAUGCAGCUUUACAAAACCCACUUCAACCCCAGCUGGACCAGCUCCAGAGACAAUUCAAAGUGUACAACAGAGAAAGGAGAAAGCAGGAGGAGCAGGCUGCCGCUGAGAAAUUGGAUGCCGGCGUCCCCGAGAGGAAGAGAUCGUUUAUCGACUUAAUGGUGAGGAGAAGCGAGCGAAAGGAAUCUACGGUCAAAAAUCCCAACAUGGGGACACACUUGAAAGUGGAGGAGGGAUGACAAUGGAAGGUCAUAACACUUAGAACUCUCUAGCUCUGUCUAAUGGACUGGAAGACAACAGGAAAGCCUGUAUCAGAUGCAGACUGCCUGAGCUACUCUGGGGCAUGUUGCAGGGAAACUGCAGGGCAGGAGAGGGCGACAUCAAGACAUUGCUAUGUUUCAUGUUCUAAAUCUUUUGAAAAAUAUCCGUUAAACCAGACCUUCAUGAGCUGUGUUACAAGUAAGGUAUUGUAUACAUUUGGCAAUGAAUGCAGCAUUUGUAUAGGGUAACUUAUUUCUGUAAUAUAAAAGGAGCAUUUCAUGCAGAUUUGUUUCUCUUAUUUGUUGAAUGAUUGGAUUUCAUUGUAUAAUUUGGUCAACAGAAGUAUGUAUGACAUGUGUAAAUGCCACAUUAAUGUGGUGCUUUCAGAGCUGAAACUUCACUUAGUUGGUUGAGUAGAUGCAUGUACAUGCACAUAAAAGCCCUUGGUACAUUGAGUGCCUCUGUGCAGGAAAUUAAUGUCACUGGUAGUAAUGUAGGGCUUAGUAAGAUAGCAAAGUCAAUACUGUAACAGACUAGCUCUAUGUAUAAUAUGUGAUUUGUUUUUUGUUGUAUUCAUGUUUUUUCAUGCAGAGGGUAUGAUUUAUUUAUUACUCAGUUGCAGGGAGGACAUUUAUGCCUUGGGUAACAAAUUGAAGAUGGACUAUGGUGUACAGAAGAUCCAUAGGUUGGAGGGGUAAGGGAUUCAAUGUACUUACUUAAUUAGCCUGGUAUCCAGCCGUAUUUGCGAAGAGGACAGAAGAGACUCAGGAGCUAUAACACGGCUGGAUACCAGGCUAUUACUUAUUCACUAUUCACUAUAUGAAGUUCAAAUAUGCAAAGGACAUACUUCAAACCAUGGCUACUAUUUUACAUAUUUCAUAUUUCAUCUUCAAAACUAAUAUCAAGGUUAUCUAAGUAUUUAUUUACAUCUAAUUUAUCUAUAAUUCACAGUAUUAACAUAAUGAUAAGUAAUGUUCUACAUGUAUAUCGGGGAUGUGCAAAAAUGAAACUAACAGUCAUAAAAUUAUUUUUACCAAGGAAAGGAAAGUAGCAACUUUCAGAUAUCCAGAAAAAAAUCUGAAGAACUAAAUGAAAAAUGUCAAAUUCUCUUGAACAAGGUAUUUUCUAUUCAGUGGGACAGUUAAGAACACAUUGUACAGAAGUUUGAAAAGAAUUGUCUAAAUGUAGCUAAUUCCCUCUCAUGCCUUCCAAAUCAUGUUAGACAGAUGGUGACUUUGGUACAGAAGUCAUUGUUUACAAUGCCAGUGUGUUGUAUAUAUGUCUGGAUAACUACUUCUAUGGAACAGUUGUACCAACUUUGGAAAAUUAUGUCUACAAGGCCUUGGUUAUUGGACUUUUCUCAGCAAAGCAUACAACAGAGACUGUAUGCAUGGAAGGCAAAAGUUGGGUUGCAGGCCAGUAACCAGAUGGGUAGAUGGUUUUCCACCUGCCUUCUUUCUCACCUGCUUACUUAAUGAAUGUAGGGAGACUAAAAUGAUAGUCAUGAAAUCACCACAGUCUAUCCCCUUUUUGGAGAAGAUAAUGAGUUGGCUAUUUAGGGAAAUUCACAACAUUUUCAUCUAGCAAAGUAUAAGUUAUCACAGUCUUAUUGUCUUCAUGUAUUGUUACAAUUUCUGGUUAUGUCAUCUGUUCUUGACUGUCAUAUUUAUGCCAGUUUUUUAAUGAGAGGAUGCAAUUGAUUAUCUGUUGUAUAAAAAUGUUGUGCUCUGUUUGGGUCUAGAAAUCUAUAUAUAUUUGACAUGUAUAAAGAGAGUGUUACUACCAGAUCGUCCAGUUAUAUGGACAAGUGUUUUAAAGUUUAUGUUAGGAGGCUUGUCGACAAGCAAGGGAUGCAAAAAGUUGCUUUCCAAAAGUUGUGAAAAUUUUUCCAUUAGAUAAUGUAUAAGGACUGCCUUUUGUAAGUUAUCAGUUUAAUGUGUCAAAAGGCUUACUUCUUGUUGUGUGAAACAUUCUGGCAAACCAGGGUUGCAGCGAGCUUAUCAAUUUAAGUUUAUGGCCUACCAUGAUAUGAGGUGUUAAUGGUAACGUAAGGCCUGGCCAGUGAUCUGGUUUAUGAGGUGACUGUGGGUCACCAGCCCAUGUUAUAUCAUCGUUAUAAACUCCAAGGGAAGAGCCAUCAUCAUCAUAUAUUGCUAAUUUAAACUGCUUAAAUAAUGUGAAAUUAUGGCUGUAUCGUAUCGCCAAUAGAAAUGGAUGCCCGUGAUCGGUCCAUACAGCCUGGCUACAUGAUUAUAUACAAUACUCCACCAGUACUAUAGUGUACCAGUAUUUAGUACAUGUAAUUGCAUAGUCAGCUUGUUGCAGCCCUGGUGUGAAAGAAUGGUUUAAAACAGUGUUACAUCAUGCAGAACUGCAGAGUGGCUGCUGUAGGUUCCUGGAAUGAACUGGUCCUGCAGUUCUUGUAGAGCCAUGUUGCAGUGCUAUAGUUAGUUUAUCAGAUGCAGUAUAUUUGGAAGCUUGGUAUGUAGAUAAUUAAGGUAGACAGUGCCUGAUUAGAAAUAUUGCAAUUAAGCUAGAAGU